AACCAUCGGCCAAUGGCGGUACCUCGGUUUUUGUUAUUGCUCUAAAGCGAUAUUGUAAUUUUGUUGUUUGUAUAAUAUUAAAUAUUUUAUAUUUUUAUUAUACACAUUACCUGUAAGAGUUAACUUUUAUUUAUAAAAUUAAUAUAAAAUAUCUAAUGUUAUCAUGAUUCGUGUGUUACAAACCUUAGAUAAUUAUUAACUAAAAAUAUAUUCUAUUUUAUCGAUUGCCGUGUGGCGUGUGCGUUUUUGACUUUUGAUAUUUUGCACAUGUUUAGUGUCGGUUUUUGAUUUGUACGUUUCAAAUUUUUUCGAAACUGGCGCGUGACCACCUUUGACUGUCGUCAUGACUAUAAUGUUUUGAUGGUGAAACCGAUGUGAAUUAUUAAAAUAUAAUUUUUCUACCUUUUAUCGUUCCUAUUGUGUAUUUCCAUUAAGCGACAACGGAUUUCGAUGUAUUAAAAUUAACACCGUGUUGCGUGUCGUCUUGCAAGUUAUAUCUUCGUUCAGUGGAGGCCAUGGUUACCUGUUCGUCGAGUUGAAAUCGAUCAGAUCGAAAACGAUAAUUCCAUAUCAACCGCCGUCGUUGUUAAUAGAGAAACAUGGAUACUCCUGAAGCAACCGAAAAUGCUAUGUCUGAAACAUCCCAACAACAUUCAUUACCCAUUGAAAAUAACUGUCAAUCUGUUGGAAACACAUUUUUGAACAAUGAUUGUACAGAACCUUCAAAAAUUGUAGAUCAAAUUAGUAAUUCCGAAAACCAAAUUCUUGUAGAAUCAACUGAUGCCAGUUCACAAAGUACAAAUGUUACUACUGAACUUAGUUCAGUUGUUUCGACUGAUAAAUCUAUGCCACCUCUUCCGCCACUUCCCACAAAUGAUAAUGAACAAUUACCGCAACCACCAGCAGCACCAUUGCCAGCUGAUUAUAACAUGCAAAAUUAUGCAAACUAUAAUAAUUACAUGUAUAAUUAUAACAAUUAUUAUGGCUACCCUUAUCCUCAAUACCAAUGGGAUUACAAUAGUCAACAAUACUAUCAACCAUAUCAAAAUUAUAAUUAUUAUAAUUUUAAUCAAGCAAAUCAAACACAAACAUCAAAACCUCCACCACCACCACCUGGUGCUGUACAAUUACCAGUUGAAGAGAAGCCAGCUAAUAAAACCAAUGUUGCAGUUGAUGAUUCUAAUAGAUAUUCUCCUACAGCAGAAACUGAUGAUGAUGGAUUAUCAGAAAAUAUUAAAUCUGAUAUCCUUACUGAACAACCCUCACAAACUAUCAAUGCUGCUCUCCUUCAAACUGCACCACCUGAACAAAUUGAGGAGCAACAAAAAAUACCUGAGAACAUUGACAAUGUAAAUCAUCAGACCAUUGAUGCUUCAACUUUGCCUUCGAUUACACCAGUACAACAGAGUGUACCUGUGGUUGCUCAAGUACAACCAUACAACAUUCAGGUUCAGCCACCUAGCUUUCCAAUUAAUCCACAAAGUCAAAUGCAAUCAAUUGAAACUGUUAAUGAGGCAAUAAAUCAAAAACAAAACUCUCCUGCAUUGAAUGGAAAAGAUGAUUCUAUUGAAAAAGUGUCUAAAGCAUCAACUGUAUUGGGUAAAUCCCAAGCCAAAAAACGAUUAAUGGCAUUUUCAAUGAUGAAACAAAAGUUACAAGAACAAAAUAAUUUAAUUACUGAUAAUCAGAGUUCAGACAUUGGUGAGGGAAAUGAUGCGGAAUUUGUGCCUGAACAUAAUGUAUUCCAAACAGUUACAAAAAAAAAAGUUGUUACUAAUAAAAAGGUUGCUAAAGUUAUCAAGGCUCAACAAACGAUUGAACAAAUUGAAGAAAUGAAGAAAGACGAAUUGUUACAAGGAAAUAAUGCAGCAUUAUAUCAACAUCUCCUAAGAAGUGGUGGUAAUGAAGCUCCUAUCCUUCAGAAACUUGGUAUCGAAUCAUUAGCAGAAAAAUAUUCAGCUAAGAUAAGGGAACAAGAUCGAGUGCUUGAGCGUUCGAGUAGGCAUCAUCAUAGGCGUCGAGAUGAAUCUAGAAGAAGCCACAAACAUCGUCGUCGUUCACAUUCAAAAUCCAGGACUAGGUCAAGAUCAACAGAAAAGCCAAAGAUGCGAGCGCUGGAAGUCAAGAGUUGGAAAGAUUUUGUUAAAGGUGGAUUUCACUUUGACAGAUUUAGAAGAUUCAAGAUGGAUGAAGCUGAAGAAAUAAAAGAAAAAGAACGCAAGUCCAGAAAAAAGAAGAGGCAUGGAGACUCAAGAUCUGAUAGCAAAAACCAUAAAAAUGAUUCUAACAUACCAUCUGAAUCAGAAAAAGGAACCGGAGAUCAAAAAUUACGUUACAACAUAUUAGAUCGCAAAAAAGAAAUUCUUAAGGGUCUUGAGGUCAACACACAUGAAGGAGAUUUUACAAAGGAUUUCCCCAGUUAUCUUAUUCGAUGCACAAAAAGUAAACCAGUUAUUAAGUUUAGUGAAAAUCCAGCGUAUGCCACAUACCAUCUUCAGAAUAGACAGCAAAUGUUUGCCACACUUCUUCCAGAAAUUGAAGCGAUAGUUGUCAAAUUCUUAUCUUCAAUGAAACCAAAAAAGCUAAAAACAAAUUAUACUGAAAAUAACUAUAAUAGCAUUGAUGAACAACUAUUUGUUAUGAUGAAGGAUAAAAAUAUUUAUCCAUUCAAAGGUUGGUGGCCCAUUAAAAAUUUUAUUGUCACUCAAGUCCAAGAAGAUCCAAAUAUUGAAAUAGAUGAAAACGUAUUGAUGAAUGAAAUCACUACUAGUAAACGAACUAAAAAAUCUAGAUUCAAUGAUGAUACAUCUCUUGUUGAUUUAAGACCUACAGUUCCAUCAAAAUGGGAUAGUGAUUAUGAUGGAAGUCCAGCUGCUGAGAAUAAAGUUGCAUAUGUUGGAGCUACUCAAAGUAUAGAAAUGAAUACUAAUGAAAAUGUUUGCAUAGCCAAAAAAGAUGAAAGCAGUCCUAUGGACAUAAGCCACCAAGAAGAAGCAAUGGAUACUGCAUCUGAAGUUGGUGAAGAUGAUGAACCUAAAAUUGAAGUUAACGUUUGUCCAGUUCUACCAAUUCAGAUUAAAGAACCACAAGAACACGCUAAAUUGAAUACAGAAUAUGAAGAGUUUUUGAAAAUUGUAAAAGCUGAGAAGGAAGAAAGUAACAAUUCCAUUACUACUACUACUAAUAAUGUAACUAUUCUAAAAGACAAUGAAAAUAAUCUAUCAUCAACUAAGUCUGUAUCAUUGAAUGAUGGUUCUAUACAAGAUGAGUCUGAAGAGUAUAUGUCCUCAAAAUCUUCAGAUGAAUCUGUUUCAGUACGCAAUGCUGCUGAGGAGUCUGAUUCAAAUGAUGGAUCGUAUGAUGAACACUUAUCUUCUACUAUUGAUCUAAAGAAUAGAAAAAAUAAAAAAUCAUCUAGUAAAAAGUCUAAGACAUUAAAGAAUAAAGAAAGUAAGAAGAAGAGGCAUAAAUCAAGUUCUAGUGAAAGUUCACAAGAUUCAGCUUCAGAAAGUGAUAGUAGUUCAGAUGAUAGUGACUCUGAAUCAACCGAUUCAAGUUCUACAGUUGAAAAAAAAAGGAAAAACAAAUCUAAAAAUAAGAAAAAAAAGAAAGUCAAAACAAAUAGCAAAAAAAAAUACAAGUUAGACAAGCAUAAGUCUAGAAGUCCAGAAGACGAAAAAGAUGCUAAUAGUAGUAUUCUUAACUUGAUUGAAAAAGCAUUGAGUGUUGAAAUUAAAAAGAGACCUUCAGACAGUAAAGAACUUAAACAAAAGAAAAAAAAAAAGAAACAUGACAAAAAAGAUAAUAAAUUAAUUGAAGAGAAUGAUGAUAAAUUUGAAAAAGUUAAAGAUUGUUUAAAAGAAACAAUUACAAAAUUGGUUAAAACUGAUAAAGUGAAUAAAAACCAGUCUCUUUCAUGUGAUGAAACUGCUGUUGUUGGAAUAUUAAAAUAUAUUAAUGAUCAAAAAAAAAAGAGUAAAAAAUCCAAGAAAAGUUCAAAAAGAAAGCACGAUUCUGAUAUUUCUGAUGAUGAGAAAAUCCUUAAAAAAUCUAAAUUCGUUGAUAGUUCAAAAUCUAAAAUUAAUGAUAAGAAAAAGUUGAGUAAAAAGAAAAAAUCUGUAGAUUCAGAUGAUGAACAUCUUACAAAAAAGAAGUCCAAAAAGAAAUCCAAGACCACUGACACUUCAGAGGCUGAAGAUAUAGAGGAAUUAAAUCAAAAUAAAUGUAAAAAUAAUUCAGUUCAGUUUUUUGAUUUGCGACCCAAUGAGUGGAACAUUCCUAAAAAAAGUUCCAUGAGGGGAGUCAUCCAUCACUCGGAAGUAAAAAAUGUAAAUAAAACAUCGCUUUUAAAUGAUACAGAAAGAUGCGAUAAAAACUUAAAAAAAAAAAAAGAUUCCAUUAGUUUAAAAGAUAACUGUCCUCCUAUAAAUAGUAAUACAAAUAAAAGUGAAAUACCUAAGUUGCCUAAUGUAUUAAAAGACCAUGUUGGAGAAAAAGAAAAAAGAAAAACACGAUUGCAAAAGACCAAUAAAGAUAUGAAUAGUGAUAGAAUUGACAGUACUUCAAAAAAUAAAACAGAAAAUUGUUUAAUUAAUUUUAAAAAUUCCGACAGUGAAUCUAAUGAAAGAGAAAAUGAUGAAAUAUUUAAAAAAUCUGUUGACAAGUAUAAUGACACAUUUCAACUUGAAAAAGAGUUAAAACUAACUGAAUUUUUGAAAAAAGAUAAUAGUGAACAUCAUAAUAUGGAUAAAGAUCCUAAGAGUAUUUUUAAACCAGAAACCCAAAGCACACCACUCGAUAUAUAUAAUAAAUCUCCUAUUACUUGUACUGUUAAACCUGUUACAGAAGCCAUAUCAUAUAGGGACAAAGUAAAAAUGAAUUUAAAGAAACUUUCAACUUGCCAAAACAUACCAUUUGUAUUUGGAUUUCCUACACCAAUUAAUCUAAUUAAAUCAAACAUUUUUAAAUUGGAUAAUACAAAAGAUUUUAAAGUGAACAAUGAAGAAAAUAAAUCUAAAGAGGAUGAACCUGAAGUAAACAAUCCAAUAGUUAAUGAAACCAAACUUUUAAAUUCUGAUGAACCAAAAGUAAUUCCUCAAACACAAAUUAAAGAAUCUCAAGUAACCAUUACCGCAAAUCAAUCACCUAAAGUCAAUAUUGAAACUGAUAAAAAAUCUAUAAAUCAUAAUGACUGGGAUGACUCAGAAGAAUCUGAUACUGACCAAUCACUCACUUCAAGCACUGAUACGUCAGAACAUUCAAGUAACGAUGGAGAAAGUGAUCACGUUCGUUCAAAUUCAUUGGUAAAUGACUCACCAAUUAGAUGCAAUAAAAGUGAGACAUUCUCAAAUGAUACCAAGUUUGAAGAAAUUGAAGAACUUACAUCUAAUGGGUUUGAAACAAAUAGAUUAGAUUCAAGGAGUGAAGAACAAAAACUUCCUUUAGAAGUUGAUAAUGUCCAUAUAGAUAAUAAUACUACAGGUUUGCAAAAUGAUACUAUAUUAGUUGAAACGGGGAAAAAAGAUUUAGCUAACAUCGAUGUAUUAGAAGUUUCUCAAUCAAACAAUGAACUAAUUACUCAAUGGACGUCAGAUUGGGUCAAUUUGGAUAAGUCAGUUACUGAAAUUAAUCAUUCAAACAGUUCUAAAUCUGAGAAUAAAAAUUUACAAUUGAAAAAGAAAUCACGUUGGGACAAAGAACCCAUGGAUUAUAAAAUUAGCAGAUCGCCGAUUCUUAAUAGUGAACUGAAAAAGGAUAAGGAUGAAGCUAAAGAAAACAUUUUGACUGAUGAUCUAAAAUAUACUUGUUCUUCUUCUAACAAUGAAGAUAAUAAUGAAGAAAACCAAAUAUGUGAAAUAAUGUCAAUAAGUUGCACAAAUGAUAAUCGAGAAUUUGAUCCUUAUGUAUAUGAUGAUUACACUCAAACUUAUGAACAAUAUUCUGAUAUACCUGUGUAUUCCGAUAUGAAAACUAUUGAACAUAAUAUAUUAAGUCCAAUUGACUAUAGUGUGUAUGAAAACUAUAAUCCAAAUUAUAAUUACCAUAAUGAAGAUUACGAUAUGUGGAAGUCUAUAGAUACAAUUACAUCUGAACAUGGAGUGAUAUCAUCCAUUCCAACAACAGAUGAAUCAAUUUCUCAAGGUGAGAAGCGUUUUGAAGUGUUACCCUUUAACAAUGUUGCUGUUGAACAAGUUGAAUUUUCAAAAGAGGAAGUUUCAAAUGAAAACAUUGAUUCUAUUUCAGACAUUCAGGACAAUCAGGAUAAAAUUGUCAAAAACCAAAAAAUGGAUCGUGCAAAUAAUGAUGAACUAUUUGUCAAACUCUAUCAUCAACAUUUUCAACAUUACAAUCAAAAUCCAAUUAAAUACUCAUUGAGUAAUCCUGUUAUUAGUAACACAGAUGAAGUUAUAGUAAAUAUACCAGAUACUUCGAUAACUCUAGAAAAAUUAUCAGAAACUGAUAACAAUUCUGAUGAUACAAUAGCCAUACCUUUACGGACCCGAGCUUAUGUAUGUAUACUUGAAGAUGAUAAUACCAAUCUUUAUCUCACUAGUGACAAUUACAUGGCAUAUUGUGCGGUUGAGGAUAAAUGUAUGGUGCAUAUAUCUGUAAAUCCUUCUAGUCGUGAUGGAGUUGGAGAUGAUGUAAGACAUUGUUUCAAUAUAAAUUUAAGUGGAACAAUAUAUGAGUAUUGGCUACAUGCAGAUUUAAUUCCAUUUAAUGUUCCAUCUGAUGCUGAAUCAGGUGUGUUCAGUGAUGACGAGAUGGAUUCUUUGGAAUCAGAUUCUGGUCAUGAAGAAGAUGUAAAUAAUGAAAACAACAAUGAUAUAAUUGAAAGUGAAUGGGAAAUAGUUGACAACAUUAAUGAUGACGUCAAUAGCUGGCUAGAUGAACCAUUUAUACUUAAAAAAUAUACUAUGGAAAAUGUGAACAUCGAUGAAGAACAUUGUGUGACAAGUUCCUCGGAAUGUGACUCUGAUGGAAGUGAACUUUCAGAUUCUUAUGUUGAAAUGUCUAAUGAUAAACAACAUAUUAAUGAAAAUAAUUCCCAAACCUCACUUGAAAUUAAAGAUGAUAAACACCAAAAUUUGAUUGACGAAGUGAUGCCUAUAGAUGUUUCUGACAAAACUGAAAACUCUGCUACAAAUUCAGAUUUAUUAGUAGAAACUGAAUCUUCUGAACAAUUAGUAACCGAUGCUGAAACUAACGAAAAGAUUGAUACGUUAAAAGUGGUAAAUGAAAAUAAUUUAACUUCAAAAAUAAGUACGGAAAACAAUAGUGACAUUUCCAUAAAGUUGGAAGAAAAAGAAAUUAAUAGAAAUAAAUCAGGUGUAGUCAUGAAAGAAGAGGUUUCUGUUGAUGACCUUUCAACGAUGGAUACCAUUAUUAAUCAAAAGAUAUUAAUUCAAAAAUUAAAAGUUCGUGCAAAAGAAAAAAUUCGUGAGAAAUUGCCUGAUACAAUAAUGGUUAGUUAUAGUGACAACAUGGAAACUAUUAAACACCCGUUUUUAGGACUCUUUCAGCCACCAACUAACAGUAUCUUAUCUAAAUCAAGGCCUAAUAAGUCAUCACACACUUCUAACACGUCUAAACGUGUGAUUUUUGCCGAUGGAAUUCGUCCUGGAGACAAUUUGGCAGCAUCUCCAACACAUGAUGAUGUCGGUUGUCCGCUAUCACCUCCUCCUCUUAAAGCAUUAAUGCGGGAAACAUUAAAAUUCAAACGGAACAUGUAUCCAUUUAAAAAAUCGAAAUUACGCGCCAAAUUGAAAAUGGAAAAAAAGAAAGUAGCUAAAGUAAUACCAUCAAUUAAGGCAACCAAUUCAUCGGUCAUUGAAUAUUAUAUCAGCCGUAAACGUUUUGCAAACUUGCCUGUUGAAGAAUCACCAAUUAAUACCUCCAAUUCUUCAUCAAAUAAUGAUAAUGACUCAAUUGAAAAAAUGUCUACUCCGCCUAGACCCACAAGAGAACUCACUCCAGUGCCAUCUGAUAACGAGUGUUGGAGUGACGACGAUGUUAUUAAAAACAACAAAUAAUAAUUUAAGAAUCAAUGAGCUUUAUAUAUGUGUGAUUUGAAACGAAUAUAUAUUUUAAUAUCAACUUAUGCCUUUAGUUCAAUGUUAUAUAAAUAUAUGUGUAUACAAUAUAUAUAAUACAUAUAUUAUGUCUAUGUAAUUUUAUAUACACCAUAUACAUACGUAUUUAAUAAUUUUAUGAAUUUAUCAUUUUAUUUUGUUUGGAUCAAAAUAUGUAUCUUAAUAUUAUUUAUUUUUAUUAUCCAAUUUUAUUAAUUUGUGUAAAAUUAAUAUUUAUUAUAAGAACAAUGUUAUGUACCUAACCUGGAUGGAUAAAAAGACAAACUGAUGUAAUUGAUGUAAUUGAUGUAAUGAGUGCAUAAUCAUUUUUUUUUUUUCUUAAAAUAAUUAAUUAUUUAGUAGGUACAAUAAUAGGUAUUACUUAAGGUAUAUUGUUGUCAUGUAUUGUCUUAAAGAAAAUAUUGAAAAACUAUUAACUAAUACUACUGAUUUUGGAUACAUGCAUUUUAAAUCUAUACUACUUAACCAUUAAUGUUUUUUUUUUAUUAUUUUUUUUUAUUUUAAACUUAUGAUUGUUGAUUAUUUUAAUACCUGAAAUGUUAAAUUUAUAAACUCAUUUUCUAAUUUUCAACCCCUACCAAUUUUUUCACUAUGUAUCAUUUUGACUGAUUGUCGAGUAGUUCAAUUUACUUGUACUCCAAUUUUCAAUUUUAUAAAAAUAUAUAUUUAUAUUUUUUUUAAAAUAAUGUUGUAAUUGCAUUUUUAAUUGUUAUUAAUAUAUUAUGUAAUAUGGUGUAUUAUAUAUUGUAUGUGUUGUAAUUAUAUCAAACAAUGUUUCACGAAUAAUCCAAAA